GGGACACGCCAUCGGGUUCCUUCCGGCGGGCAUCGCGGUCUCGGUUGGAGCGCCGCGUCACUAACUCAACAAAAGAUAUCCUCUCGAGCAAGCUGCCUGUGCGUGAAUGAUGCUGGGUGCACCUUGGCUCUUGAAUGUGUAUGGUUGCAUUGGCACAUCCAUGUUACUUGGGAAGGCGUCGUGCCAAUAAAAGGUCGACUACGACGCGACAGGCACCUCCGAGCCGCAUCGCGCGCAAGCACGCGAUCGAGUGCUGUCAUGUUGGGGCCUCUUGUCGACGGGAGGCUUCUGCCGCCGACAACGUCCACAAGCGCGGCGCUCCAGGACGCAUCGCAGUUGCGACGAUAAUGGUUAGGGUUAUAUCCUCUGGUCGAGGCAUAUUUUUGUUGAUCGCUGGAGAAACGGCUGUUGGGGGUCGAAAGAAGUGAGGCGCGCCAGGGAGAUCCAACCGCCCGUCGGACGCAAGCAGUAAGUUGGACGACGGCGCUGGACUGUCAACGGCCAACUCAUGAUGAAAGGUCCUCGUGCGUCGUGCGAAGGAUUCCUCACGUUUCGCACGAGCCCGUACUCGCCGCCACCGAUGCUCCGCCACUACUGCCUCUUGAUCGGAACGUGCUUUUACUACUACAGCACGCAAGAAGAUGCCGAACACAUGAUGCGCGUGAAAGGCGAAGUCGACGUCAUCGGUGUGCAGGACUGGGACGGAAAGGGCAACAUGCACAUCUACACGCACGGGUUUCUGUUUGCAACGGCGCAGAACAAGGUGUUCUACGCGUACGCUGACACGGCGAUGGACAAGGAAAAGUGGCAUCGCGCGAUUCAGCUCAACAUUGAAACGAGCGUGCCGGUGCUGACUGCGACGUUGCACAGCAGUCCGUCGAGCUGCGACAGCGCGGUGCUGCUGUCGCCUGCGAGCUCCGUCGUCGAACUCGACACACAAAUAAAAUGCAUGCGAUGUCAAACGUCUACGGACGACCCGGCUGCGAUGGCUGCUGCCGCCGCCCUCACCAAGUUCAAAUGUUCCAGUUGCGACGCGACCUUUUGUGACCGCCACUCACAACACAAACUCCCCCUCCCGCACCGAUCGUACUACUCGGCCAUGCGGAUUUGUGACGACUGCUACAACGCUCAGACUUUCGUCAACUACCUCAAAGCUAUCACGCAGCGCCUGGAUUGUGGCAUUUGCGUGUACCCCCGUCCGCUGAAUCCCGAAGCGCCGAUUGAGCUCAUCAUGCCAAUGGGCCCGUCGCACACGGAAGCGACCAACAUCGCCAUCGAUCUGUUCAAACAGGGCGCGAUCACGGCGGAGGAACUUGAAGUGCUGCUGCUCGCAGACAAGCGGUAUUUGGACCACACCGUGGAGCAGCCCGAGAUUCCGCUGGACAUUAAGAUUCUCGGUCUGCAUCGGGAAUUUCGUUUGCCGACGUUCACAGUGUUUCGCGCGAUCAUCUUGCUGCACCAGAACCUCGAGAGCGACCCGCUCGUGUUCAAGCCGAUCGUGGAGAAGCUGCUCGCGUAUUCCUUUACCAAGAUCAACCAGGUCGAGUUUUACUGGCCGCAGCUCGUCCACGCGUAUUUGAAUGUGCCCAUGUUUGAGUUUGAAAAGUUGUUUUGGAUGGACGACUUGAUCUUGUCGAUCUGUUCGCGGUCCAUCCAUUUGGCGCUGCUCCUGAUCUGGCAACUGCGCGGUGCACUCGAAGACGCCGCCGACCCAUUGUCCCCGCUCCGGACGCAGUCCACGUACGCCCGCGUCGUGCGGCUCAUCGUGGAGGUCGAAGUCCGCAUCAUCGGGUCGUCGCGGGCAGACGUUCUCACGUCCAAGCGUAUUCUCCCGGCCAUGACGGACGAACAGUUCCACCUGGUCGGCCGCCUCCUCGACACGAUCAGCGAAUACCGCCACCAGGCCGAGCAGCAGCAUGCCGCUGCGAUCGCGUCGUCCACCGUCGACGAUGUAAAGUUCUCCGACUACUCGUACUUUCAGCAGCACUUGCUUGCACCCGGGUCGACUUCGUCCGGGCUAGAGAAGCCGCCAUCUGCAGGACAAACGCCCAUCAUGAGCGUAUCGGACUGGAUCAAGCGGUCCGACUCGCUCACGACGUCGCCGCCACCCGCGCCCGCUCGUCGGAAAAAAUCCAUCAGCGACGCCGACUUGUCCGUCCUUGCAACAUACUACAGCGACGAGUGCGCGUUUGUCCAGCAGAUCACGGACAUUGCGGAAAAGCUGCGCUUUGUUCCCAUCACGGAGCGAAAACCGAUGCUGGCCAAGCACUUGGAGACGUUUGAGCUGCCGCGGAUGGCAUACAUCCCAUUGGUGAAAGCAACCGAUCCUUUCGAGCAGGUCCUUCGACUUCCCCACAACGAAGGCACGGCAUUCAGUACCAAGGCACGGGUCCCCAUAUUGCUCGUGUUUGAGGUCAUACGUGGCGCCAGCACGAGCUUGAACAUCAUGUCCCCUGGUGGUAGCAAGCCAGCGACGUCGGUGCUCGGUGGAGCGACCACACCAAAAUACGACGACGACGAUGACGAAGUCCGCCACUUGAUAAACCGCGAGAGCCUGGACAAGAACGAGAAUGGGGGCACGGCGGACGCCGAGUCGACACCGACGACGCCGUCGAUCGUGGAAAAGGAGAUGGGGUCCGACGAAGAAGACAUCAUCGAUACGCACGACGGGUCGGAGGUGGAGAGCCAAGUGUUUAGCCAAGCCAUCGAGUUGUCCCACAUGAACAUGUCGGAGGAAGUGAUCGAGCGUGAAAAGGCGAGAAGGAGAGACCUGGAGGCUGCGUUCGGCGAGUCGUGGGCGUCCAAGCGAGACCGCAUGAAGGCGCAGAGUCCCCACGGUCACCUACCGGGCUGGGACAUUGUUUCAUUGAUCGGCAAGAGCAACGACGACAUGCGGCAGGAAGUCUUUACGCUGCAGCUCAUUCAAAAGUUUAUGGACAUUUUCAAGGCGGCAAACCUCCCCAUUUGGCUUAAGGUGUACCGCAUCAUCGCCACGAGCUCGUCGACCGGAAUCAUCGAGACACUCGUGAACGCGAUCUCGCUGGACGGCCUCAAGAAACGCGACGGGUAUGUGUCUCUCCUGCACCACUUUGAAAAGUCGUACGGACCUCCGGGGUCGCCUCGUUUCCUCGACGCCCAAACGCAGUACAUUCAAUCGAUGGCGGGGUACUCGUUGGUGUCGUACUUUUUGCAAAUCAAAGAUCGGCACAACGGCAACAUUAUGCUCGACAACGAAGGCCACAUUAUCCACAUCGACUACGGGUUUCUUCUCGGGAUCGCGCCCGGCGGGAGCUUCAGCAUCGAGACCGCGCCGUUCAAACUGACCACCGAAAUGGUCGAGUGCAUGGGCGGCCCCGAGUCCGAUGGGUUCAAAGAGUACGUGACCCUGUGCACGCGCGGGUUCUUGGCGUUGCAGCAACACUGCGACGAGCUGUGCGACUUGGUCGAGAUUAUGGCCCACAACUCGCCGUUCCCGUGCUUUUUUCAAAAGGACACGGCGUACAUAUUAUCUCGCUUCCGCGGCCGGUUCAAGGCGUCGCUCACCAAGCAUGAAGUCGUGUCCCACAUGCUCUACCUCAUUCGGAAGAGCCACGGCAAUUAUAGCACCAACCAGUACGACAACUUUCAGAGAAUGACCAACGGCAUCCGCCCCUAGCCGAGUCGGUCGGUCGAAAGGUCGACACCGGCAGGCGUGGAAAGUCGUAAUACCGUCCUCCUCGUACCUUUGCGUUCCAUUAGCUCCGCCCAUGACCUGUGUACGGUGAGAUGGGCUUGUCGUGUCUCGCGGAGACGGCUCACAAACAACACCAACGAGCGGCGGCGCAACCUCCCCGAAGUCGGCGCAAGCUUCGUUCUCAGUCGCUUCCUCUUCUGGUGCAGAGUUCGGUGGCCAUUUCCCACCACAGCAAGAUUCUAUCUACCAAUCACAGACGUGUACUCGA